CUUUGUCUUGUAAUUUGUUUUCAACAGAGCAGAACACCUGAGGGCUGAAUCAGUUCCUCCGCACUUCAAGGUGGAGCACAGCCCGGCAGCAUGCCAGCAGUGUUCAUCUUGCUGCGGUCCCUGGUUAUCAGGCUCCUCAGUAGCAGACUGGCAGGCUCGGUGGCACAGUUCCUCAGGAGAAGCCUCUCUACCGCCGCGGCCCACCUUGGCACGGCGCUGCGCCACGUCUGGGACCGCAUCCGAUCCCAGGAGUCCAAGGAAGCCGUCCUGGGCUGUGUGCUGUGCAUUCUCAACAUGCACAAGAAGGUGGAGAACUGAGCUCUCCCUCCACUGUCUGCUCAGCCCCUCCACAUU